GAUUCGUCAGACAGCAACAGAGAAAAAAUAACACAAAAAUAAAAUGGUGUUCCUAUUUUCAAUAGCAACCAUAGUCCUUAUGGUAAUAGGGAGAGGUAUUUCCUAUCCUAUGCUCUUAAAGCAGCCAUCUAUGGAUUUCAUUGAAGCCGAGGUAAAAUACACCACUUCGCAGGCUGAGAAAACCGCGAUUCUAAUUAGAAAUGUCUUACAUCGCUUGCCCCAAAGCCCACAAUAUGAAAUACAUCGUAGUGCCCUGAAACAGCUAUUGCAGAAUGCCAAUGAUUUCCAGAAACCCGGUCCUUGCCAUGAUAAAAUGUCAACAUUUUCAAAAAGUUGGACUUCAGUAAUGGUGGCCUACCUAAGACCAAAUUCAGCCCCCGAAUAUCGAGAAAUUCUCAAAUUAUUGGAGGAAUAUGGCCUAAAAGACAUGAUGGUGGAAGCCAAAAUAUUUUUGGCGGGAAUUGUAAGCGGCAGGAUUGGUGUCCCCGUAGAAGAGGGCAGUGCGGCUUAUUCGGAAUUCCUGAAAAUGCAAUGUUAACUGCAAAAUCCCGUGCUCGAAUGAAAGGGAAAAACUUCAAAAAUAUUGUUUUACACAAUAUGCCACACAAUAAUCAGUAUUUUAAGGUAUUUAACAAUAGCCCACACAACUAAAAUAAUAAAAGAUAACAGAACACUAUUGUGAA